CAGACAAAUUCGCAAGGCAGUUGCCUCAAGGCUCUCGACUUCAAUGCGUGGAUGUCGAGCUACAAACUCGUAUGUGUUAUCCAAAUGAACGGGCAAGUCUGAGAGGUGGCAGAUGUCUUUGGUCGCAGAGGCGGCGUUUAGCAUGCCCACAACGAUCUUGCGCAAGGCAUAAAACGUAAAUAGUUCGUGGUGAGUGAGCGUCGGCUUCCUUUCUUACGAGUUUUGAAACAGAGAUUGUUUCUGAAUCUGCUGUCUAAAAUUUCGCGAUGUGUAGCACGUUCGGCGGUGGCUGUCCUCCUUUUUAAAAGGUGUAUUGUCGGUUCGCUGAGCGAGCUACGUCCUCUCGACAGGGUUUCUGGACUAACGCGCGUCUCGGUCAUAUGCACUCCAUAGUUCACUUCUUUCAUCGGUUUCUCUGAUUCAGUAGCUUCAUGUAGUCGCGCGAAAAUUCUGUAUCUCACAACGGAAAACCAUUCGACGCACUCCGGUGUCAAGGCGUCCAGUCACUUCUUCCUCGAUGGCGCAUGUCCAUGAUGCGAACGAUCUGGUGCCGACUGACGUUCAACAGAACGUUUCCAGCCAGCAGAAACCAGGUGUUGGUGAACACACGACCCGUGUGUCAUCAGCGAUGAUACAUGAUUCUAGUAGCUCUUUUUGUCGUUCUGAUGACGGUCAAAUCCAUGAAAAAUAUGAGACGUUCUUAUGUUCAGCAAGCGACGUUUCCGCCUCUGUUGUCUCAUCGUCUCCUCCUCUUCAACCAGGCACACUGAGGAAAAACGCUGAUAGGGCAGAGAGAAAGAAGAGCGUUCAAGCUGCUAUCUCAGGAGAUUACUUUAGUCAGUUUGUGAAUGACAUACGAAGUAUUUUCUUCGACAAAUGCGUUGCUGCUGCUUGUACUCUUCCUAUGGGAAGCGGUCCAGUUUCCAAAGUCAGGGAUCCGUGUGUCACGUUGGAUCUAUCCCAGGCCGGGAAAGAGAAGCCCCUCAUAGAGUCCUGCGUCCGCAGCCUGGGAUGGAAGACAAACAAUUCCCUUUUUCCAACCGGAGACAUCGCGUGGUUAGGCUUCGCCUUGACUGACGGAGAACAUCUGGACUAUGCUUCAGUAGCCAAUGUAGUCAACCGCUUCCCAGGGCUUCACGAGUUUGCGAAGAAGCGUUGGCUGGCCCGGAUUAUCUCGUCCAUGGCACUUUUCGACUCGGAAAGUUUCUCCUUCUUUCCGAAAACGUGGCUCCUCCCAGAAGAUCGCGAGGCAGUGGAGACAGCCCUCCGCGUUCCAUCUGAUUGCUCGCACGUGCUCGGUCGAACGAAACGUGAAGGACGAGGAACUGCUGAGUCCUCCUGUCGUCGCCGACGGAGCUUCCUGUCUUCAUUUUGUUUCUGCGGAUCUCGUGGAGGCGGUCUAAAGCCGUUUCCACCACAGCAAGUCAAGGCAGUUACAGCGCAUAUUAGCGCGCCUCUCAAACCAGAGAACGUAUAUAUUAUUAAGCCGGAUGCAGGAACUCAAGGGGCUGGCCUUAAGCUCGUUUCCAAUCUUGACCAGAUCCCAAAGGAGAUUCUUGAGGGCCAAGAUGGGUACAUCGUUCAGCAGUACAUCUGCAACCCGUUUCUCCUUCAUAAUCGAAAAUUCGACUUCCGCGUCUACGUUCUGCUCACCGCUGUGACGCCGAAGCUUAACGUCUUUGUGUCUCGGCGAAGCCUAGUGCGCUUCUGUACGGAGGACUACGAGUCACCACGACCCGGUAACAUGACAAAUGAGUUCAUGCAUUUAACAAACUACGCCAUCAACAAGGACCAUCAUGGGUUUGUCAGGUCUUCCAACGUCCAUGACCGAUCGAGCAGCAAACGGCUGUUGGAUGAUGUUCUCGAGGAUCUCCGACAGCAGGACGUAGAUGUCGAGUAUGUUUGGCAGCAGAUCGUAUUCAUGGUUGAGAAAGUCAUGACGGCCUUCAAACCCCUGCUAGCGUUGAAGUAUGACAGCAUCUAUCGACAGACAACUCCGCGUUCCCGGUGUUUCCAAAUCAUCGGGCUCGAUAUUUUGCUUGACUCAAACUGCAAAGCGUGGCUCCUGGAAGUGAACGGUAAUCCGUCACUUCGGUCAGAUUACGAGUAUCAGACGACAGCCGGUUUCAUUUCAACUGCUGAAAGCCUUUUAGAUCGGCGGAUCAAGGAACCUCUUAUCUCCGAGGCCCUCGUUAUUGUUUACUUUUCUCUCCUAGGAACUCCAUCUCAGGUGUCAUCCUGUGUCAACGAAGAGAAUGGCUCGACAACCCGCAGUGAUGGUUCGACUAUUCCUCCUGAGCAAGCGCUUCGCUCAUCCGUGUGCUCACGUCAUCGUGCUGGUGAUGCAUUGACGAGGCGCCAGCUGCAUAUUCCCAGAAAUGCCGUCUCUCCUGCAGCGCAUGAUCUCGAGCCUCUGUCACAGUCAAGAAGGACACAACCAUUUUCGCUGGGACGCCAAAGCAGCAAAAGGAUACCGCGGCCAGUGCCACGUUGCCGGGUGCGACCUCCACUUCUCGUUCCGGGUGUUACUCAAGAACCGCCGUCACUCCUGCCCCCUGCAGCAUGUGUUAUGUCACCAGAAUAUAUCAACACCAUUUCAAAUGAGGAGCGAGGAGUACAUCCGAGCCGACAGCCCUUGUCAAAGGAUGAAGACGAACAAGCUUCUGGAACUGUAGUCCCGACGACUGCUACAACAACCGACACCACAAGGGCCAACUUGAGUAAUCCUAUUAGAACAGCAUCUGUUAGGUGUCAGCGCACAUUAUCAUACGCCGUCCUACCCAAGUCUGAUCCCUGCCCUACAUACAACUAUUCCGCCAGCCUGGCAUCGGGGACUCUAAGGCCUGAAGCAUCUGCUCCACUGACGCCCCGACUAUCCAGGUCACAAGCGGCAAGCAUUAUGAGUGUCAGAGUGUCUGAUGAACGUGUUCUUCGCGUUCCAGCGAAACGAGAAGCCUCUCAAGGUUUCGGAGGAAGCUACAAUGAAUCUGGCUUACGCAGACACAGUGAUCAUUUUACUGGUGUGCCAUUUCAGGCCCAUCAUGGAGACGGAAAAACUUCAGAUGGUAGAACUGACGUGCGACUGUUGGAAUUCGACAGGGAGGGAAGAGCAUCAUAUUCAGGUAGUACCGCGAGUGGUCGCACCCCUUCCGGUGGCGAAACUCAGGAGCUGUCGCUUCGAGAACCACAGCAGUGGAUCCAUAAAACCCAGCACCUUGCCGGGAGGGACACAUCCGGGGCCAAAAAUGAUACCGAUGUUGUCUCGCAUCACUGCUGCUUGUGGAUCCCCGUUGAGACAUCGAUGAGAAAUUCCUCACUGCUGCCGCCUCCAUCAUCUCUACUGGAUAUGUGCAAGAUUUUAUUCACCAAGGUCACACGAUUUCCGUGCAGCCUCACAAUUCAGCUGAAACACUGGGUGGCACUAAUUUCUCGGGGUUGCCUAAAAGAAGCCAUCCAACAGUUAUGGGUGCCAGUCUACGUAGCCUCCCAGAAAUCGCAGCACUUCUCUCUGCGGAAUCCGCGGCACUCAUCUAGACGUACAUGUCGUCGGUUUGCCCAGCGCCCCCUGGCCAGGCGGGACCUCAUCUUCCUCUACAUGCAACAGCUGAAACUGACUACGACAGCAGCCGGCCAGUCGCCGGAGCCGCAAGGAUUGCCUUUUUGGUCUUUCUGGGAGAUAAUUUGUCUUUUUUCUAGCCUUACACGGUUGUUCCUCGGAAGCAGAGAACGGCCUUCGGCAGCACAAUGCGUCCUGACCAAGCCGACUUCUGCAGAGUCCGACAGGCCUGCCUCUCAGAUCGCUGACCGGGACCCCCGUCAGGGCCGUGUUCUCCUUCGCAUGUCAAGCGACAGUCAAGCAGAUGCGUGUCAAACGUCGUGCAGCUCGUUAACAUUCACCGCAAACAAGGCUUUGUCUGAACCUGUCUGGGAAAUUGUUGACUCCUAUCCCUGCGGACGUCGACUGAGGGGAUGUAACUGUCACGAGGCGCCUCGCGAAACGAGACGCCCAUGGACUCCGGCUCCGUUUUCCGACACUCCACACACCUGCGUGAUGGAAGACUCUUGUUUUCCGUCCUCGCGGAUGACGCUUAAUAGAGAUUUCAAAACACCUUCCCGUGAUGGUUCCAUAUUUGUUCCUUGGUGGCCUGAUCUCCACAGGGCUUUCAACUCGUUGCGACCGUCUGAGAGGACGGCCGCGGUGAGCUCCCUCUUAACUCUCUUGCUCGUGGAAUUUGACGACGUGUGAAGGUUCACGUUGUGCCGUGACCUAAUGAUAGCGUUACCGACCGUGUCUCCGGAAAGACAUUCUGUAGUUGUUCUGAGUCCCUGACGAAAAGCACUCCCCAACUCGUCUGCCAGUCGUCCCAGAUAAUAUGGAACUGCGCCGAAGUCCUGCUUUUGGCUUGAGGUAGAAAGAAACAUGUCAAACCAUCAAUGAAACAGGACGAAAACAUUAAACCACGUGUAAGCUC